AUGGCCACGCUCUUACGAGAUCCCGACAUAGGACGAUACGACAUCCUCGCUAUCCAGGAGCCUUGGAAGAACCCAUUCGACACGACAACUCACCACCCAGCUAAGGAUCAAUUUCACCUAUGCUACCCAGACAAAGACCAAACCCUUCCAGCCAGGGUCUGCUUUUUCAUCAACAAGAGACUCGAUCACUCCAGGUGGCACUUUGAAGAGGCAAACAGAGAUCUCGGCUCACUAAACCUAAGACUCGGAACAGAAGAGGAGCAAUGGAUUAUGGUUCACAAUGUCUACAACCCGACACAAACCGCAACCGAAAGAGGGAGCACGCUACCCCUUCUCGGCAAAGCACUGGAACAAUCAUCCCAACAUGAACAGAUCAUCAUUGGCGACUUCAAUCUACACCACGAGCUGUGGGGAGGUGACCGGGUCCAGCGAGCGGAUCCUAAUGCUGCCGAGCUCAUCACAAUCAUCGAAGAUCACUGUCUCACGAGCAAUCUUGUCCCAGGCACUAUCACAUAUGAAGAGCGCGACGGAAGAACGACCAUAGACCUAUGCCUCACGACGGCGGGCCUGGUGGGCAGAUUGAUUCAGUGCGAAAUCGAAACAAACAUGGACCACGACUCUGACCACCUACCUAUCGUCACCUCACUAGACCUGAAUAUUCUCAAAAUGAUGGCCAAGCCCCGGCGAAAUUGGAAAGCCUUAGAUGAAAAGACAUUCACUCGCGUGCUGCAGCGGGAGCUUCCGCCACAGCAAAGACCAAGAACGAAGACAGCUCUGGAUAGACAUGUGGAGGAAGUGAUGGUAGCCUUAACGGUAGCUGUCGAGGAAGCAGUACCGACGACGAUUCCAUCGUCUAGAUCGAAAUCAGGAUGGAAUGAAGAAUGCGCCAAAGUACUGGCACAAUCAAAACGACUCCGUCGGCAACACAGCUUAUACCAUACCGAAGAGACAUGGGAAGCAUACCGAACGGCGAGAAAUCACAAAGGUAGAACCAUCAAGAAAGCGCUCAGACAGAACCAUCGCGAGAGGAUAGAAGAAGCUUCUCAAUCCCCAACAAACCUCUGGCGGGUAGCAACAUGGGCCCGAAACAGACAUAACCAAAGUCCGAAUGUAACACCAGCACUGAUUGAUCCAGCCACAAAGCAACAAGCAAAUACCCCAAACGAAAAAGCAGAGCUUCUCAGAAAGGCCUUUUUUCCAGUGCCACCUGAAACCAAUCUCGAAGACAUAGAGAAUGCCAACUACCCUGCUCCCAUAACCAUGCCACCGAUAACUACGAGAGAGAUAGAAGAAGCCAUUGAAGAAUCAUCCCCAUUCAAGGCUCCAGGACCAGACGGCAUCGCGAACAAAGCACUCCAUAUCGCCUCUCCCUGGAUCAAGCACCAUCUCAGCAAGAUAUUCAAUCAGUCCCUCGCCCUUGGCUACUAUCCGGAACACUUUCGACAAUCCACAACGGUGAUCCUCAGGAAGCCAGGGAAAGACAACUAUACCGUGCCAAAGGCCUACAGGCCAAUCGCUCUAUUAAACACUACAGGAAAGAUCAUGGAAGCGGUGAUAGCAAAGAGGCUGAGCUACAUCGCCGAGACUCAUGGCUUGCUGCCCGAUACCCAUAUGGGUGGAAGAAAGCUGCGAUCAACAGAACACGCCCUUCACCUCAUCAUCGACAAGAUAUAUGACGCCUGGAACACUGGGCAAGGCAAGGUGGCAAGUCUACUGCUUCUGGAUGUAUCAGGGGCGUUUGACAACAUUUCACAUGCACGCCUAUUGCACAAUCUGCGGAAGAGAAGGAUAGAUGAAAGAACAGUCAAGUGGAUCGGAAGUUUCCUGCGCCCGAGACUAACAAAGCUAUCAAUUGAUGGCUUCACAUCUGAACCCUACAGAUUGGAGACAGGAGAGCCACAGGGAUCAAAUCUAUCACCGAUCCUCUACCUCUUUUACAACGCGGAUCUAAUAGAAAAGUGCGGAGAAUUAGAAGACACAAUGACAACCGGCUUCAUAGACGACGUGGCUAUCCUGACCUGGGCAGACUCCACGAAAGAGACAUGCAAAAAGCUACAAGAGGCACUCCACGUCGCAGAGAAGUGGGCGGCCACUCAUGCAUCUAUCUUCGCGCCAGACAAGUUCCAGCUCACUCACUUCACGAGGACAAGAACAAGAAUAGAUGUAGAGGAACCCCUUCAGACAAGAUGGGGCAUGAUCGAACCAAAGAAAACAUGCAAGUACCUGGGCCUCAUCAUGGACUCCACCCUCACCUGGAAACAACACAUAGACGAAGUACAACGCAAGGUCACCAAGACAGUCAACGCCCUAGGCAGCCUCGGCGGCUCAACUUGGGGUGUGACAAUGCGAGAGAUGCGCAAGAUCUACAAAGGAGUGGCGGUGCCACAGAUGAUGUACGCCUGUUCUGCCUGGUCGAAUGCAAACUGGAGGACCAGGGACAAGCCAUAUACUGAGCGAACACUGAGCAAGCUUCAAAGCCUACAGGCAAGAGCCUCCAGGGUGAUCAGUGGGGCGUUCAAGGCAACGUCCAUACCGGCCCUUGACAUAGAAACAUACCUUCUACCAGUCGAAUUGCAGAUCUUCAAGCACAAUGUCAACGCUCUUGGAAGGAUCGGCCCGGGUGAUCAUGGGCCCACGGAAGGGGAAACGAGAAGAAACAAGAAAAGCCCGAGAAGAGCUAUCGAGCAAUCUAUCACCGAUCGCCAAGGGCCAAAUAUUCGGAGACAAGAAUACAUCACUCCUUACAUAGUGCCCCCGUGGUGGCAAGGUCCACAGACGUUCAUCGAAGCAAGCAUAGAGGAAGCGCAAGCCAGACACGAGCAAAUCAUACAAGACGAGCUGGAUGCAAUACACAUCUACACAGAUGGUAGUGGCAUCGACGGCAGCAUCGGUGCUGCCGCGGUCUGCACCACUACCCAAGAAACAAAGAGUGCAUAUAUGGGCGACGAGACAACCUCCACCGUCUACGCCGGUGAACUGCAGGGCAUCAGCCUAGCCCUCCAGAUCGCACAAGAAGACAGAUCGAAAGGCAACAGAAGAAGCAAGGUCGCGAUCUACACCGACAACCAGGCCGCUAUUCGAUCCACCGCCAGGCCCAAGGGCAAAUCAGGCGCAUACCUGCUCAAGAAUAUCACACAACAGAUCGACGAACUCCGAACACAAGACCUGAAUACCGAGAUCAGAUGGGUCCCUGCGCAUAUAGGAAUCCAAGGCAACGAAGACGCAGAUCGAGCAGCAAAAGAAGCGACAGGUUGGAGAGAAGGCGGCCUCACAGGACCGAGAGCAGUAGAACCACAGCAAUUAUACCCACUUCGAUCAACCAUGAAGACAUGGUCUCAUAAAGAGACCAUCAAAUCAUGGGAGACAAGCUGGGUAUCCGAGACACGCGGCCGAGCAUCCUUCAGGCACACGCCCAAACCCUCGCGCAAGGUCUUGGACCUGCACGAUGGGCUCAUCAAGAAGCGCAGCGCACUCCUCAUGCAGCUGCGUACAGAGAAGAUAGGCUUCAAUGACUUCCUCUUCAGCCGAAGAGUACCAGGUAUCACCAGCAACAGAUGCCCCUGCGGAUCGGAUCGACAAACGGUAGCGCACGUCCUCUUACGCUGCCGUCGACACCGCCAACUCCGGGACCAGGAACUGGGACGACUCCGAGGACGCAACAAUCUCCGGAAGCUACUGAACGAGCGCAAUGCAGCCGCCAAGGCAAUCAAGUUCAUCGAACUGACUCAGAUCCUUGGGCAAUUUCUGGAUCGAGACCUUAAUAGACAAAGCUGA